AUGGCAAGGUUUCAAUCUUCUGUGGUUUCCCGUGCGCCGGCAUUUACAUUUGUUAUGUUUUCACUGGUAGCGGCGGGAGUUCCAAGAGUUAUUCCUGGAGCUGAUGGCUCCGUAGCCACUGAAACGAAGGGAAAGGGUGGGGCUGUCCGUGAAAACAGGGAGGGCAAAUGUGCUUCCAGGAUUGUGUCAUAUUUAAGGCGUGCCGUUACGCAGCGGGCGGAACUUACACAGCGAGAGUUACGGGCCCGUGCAAACCUCAACGAAGCGCGCAGUGUAGCCUUAGAGGAGGAAGACGGCCAGCGGGAGCCAAAGAAUGACACACAUCAACGUAUCAUGGAGGCCUGGGGUGUUGUAGGAGCUGUUAAUGACGAUAUUAUCCGUUUCAACGAGAGGACGAUUAAACAACAUGGAGACGUGCCGUGUGUGUGCAUUAACGAAGUGUUCGGCGGGCCGGACAUCAGGGCUGCGGGCGCCGCCACCUCAUGGAAGGAAAUAGUGUUGCUGCAGAUGGAUCUUCUUUUCAUGUAUUGGAAACUAUAUUGGGAAACGCUGCACGGCGUGUGGCUGUUUACAUUUGAGGAAUAUGCGCCGUACGAGAAGCUCUACGGCGACACGGUGGGGCACUAUCAGCGGAAAGUGCAGGAACUGAGGACAGAAUUGGAACGCACCAGCACCCUUAGCGCUGACAAGGAUGUCAACCCGCUGGUGGGCUUUGCGCACUUGGCUCUCACACACACGAAGAUCUGGACCUACAGUGCAGUACCCUGGGUAACUCAAAUUACUGUGGUUCUUUUUGUGCUCUUGUUUCUGCCUUUUAUUAUGAGUGCCACCGUACUUUCCAACUUUGUGUGGCGGUUGUGGCUACAGCUGUUCGUCGCACAUCAUGUAUACGGAUUAACAGCGGAUGGGAUCCUCGACUCGCUCCGGGAGUACAUCAGUCUUGUCACAAGUCAAAAGUGGAAGGAACUGCAGGGGCGCUUAAUAACUGGACUCUCGGCACUCGCAUUCGGUGGUAGUUGUGGUACCUUUUUCAGCCUCCUCCCUGCCAUGAUAUUCAUUUUUGCUACCGUUGUGUUCAUGGUUACGCUCAUGUGCGUGUGGACCAGGCUGCCGCUUAUGUUGCUUUUAUUUUGUGAAGAAGCAGAGGCAGAACGCUCGGUUAAGCUUGCUCCAGCUGAUGUGAAAAACAAGCAGUCGGACGUAAAAAGUAAAAAUGGUGGGGGCUCGGAAAAGACCACCGCUACUAAAGGUAAAAGGAACUUAAAAAAGGGCCCCAAUGACACCGAAAAGUGCAAAUCGUAG